UCAGCCAAUCUUGUUCAGCAUCAGCGACGCAGAGAAUGUGCUGCGGGAUACUGAACCCAGUGAUUUCCUUUUGUAUAAGGAUCAUGAGAGUGGCAAGAUCAUUCUGUCUGUUAGACUGGCAAGUUACAUAAGGCACUACCGCAUUACUGAACUCAACAGCCUGUAUUACCUGGAGGGACAGCCUUAUGCCUACCUGGAUUCCAUUGUUCUUUAUCAUCGCAAACACAAACUCAACGGUGUCAAGCUGAAUAAGCAG